UUUUUUUUCCUUCUGCAACGCUGCACACAAACACUUCUGUGUCUUGUUCAUGAUGAAUGAUGUGGAUGGAUGGAUGAAAACAAGGGGUGGAUGACGAUGAUGAUGAUGAUGAUGAGGGAUGGGUGAUGUGUGUUCAUGUGCUGAGUGUGCUGGUGUGUGCUGGUUGGGUGGAUGUGACAUUUGGGAUGUGCUGGGAUGUGCAGCGCCAAGCAAGCAAGCGUGUCACACGCGAGAGAGGCUUUCCGUUUGCUGAGAUGGUGUUUGAAUGCGCACGUCUCAAUCACCACCAGCACACCGCACGCAAGCACGCACACAUGCAACCGUGUCGUUUGUUGUGGUUGUGAUUCUGAUGUGCCCUUUGUGUGGGGGGGAGCAACCCUUACUCUCUACUUUGUGGUCAGCGUGCGUGGACCCUUGAGAACUCCCACCUCCACCUUCUCUGUCAGCAUUGUUCAUUUGUACACUUGCCCACCUCCCAUUUCCUCAUUCCACACGCACCUUACCAUCUUCCAUUGGCUCAUCACCUGCUUUCCUACCAUCGAUACGCGCCCAUAACACGGCGUGCGUGCCGUCAUGUCUGUACCAUCGCAUGGCCCACAACAACAGCAGCCAACAGGGCGCAACGUGCCCAGCUACGUGUUUCACAACGAAAGAGCUGCAGAAUUGAAGCACAAGAUGGACCAGGUCGAACACGAAUCCAUCACAUGGAUUCAAAAGAAGUUCCUCUCCACUUAUGAAGCGCUGUCCAGCAAGAUGCAGGCGCGGUACGACCCGCAAGAUGUCGACCGCGUUCGCAACGACCCGGAGUAUGUGGCCUCGUUUGUCCUGGCCAAGAGCAUGCAGCGCUCCGAGGCGUUUGCCAUGCUCGAGCGGUGCCUGCGGUGGCGCAAGCAGUUUGUGUCGACACUCAACCGCAGCAUUGUGGACGACAGCGUGCUUGCCGCCAACGCGUUCUUCUUCCUGGGCCGGGACCGUGACGGCCGCCCCGUCGGCACGCUGCGCAUGGCCCGCCACCAAAAGGGCGACUCGCACCGCCUCGCCUCCAUGAAGGCGCUCACCAUCUUGGUGAUUGAGGAGCAGUUGCAGGCGCUGCGUGCCCGUGGAGAACCGGAGGAAAUCACCAUCGUUGUCGACAUGGAGGGCUGCGGCCCUGCAAACAUCGACGUGGAGUACUUCCGGUUUCUUGUUGAUAUCUUCCGCGAUUUUUACCCCGGUGUGCUUGGGCUGAUGCUGCUGCUGGAGAAACCAUGGUUCACGAGUGGCCUCUGGGACCUCGUCAAGCACUGGCUCACAGAACUGGAGCUGGAGGCAUUUGCGCAGGUGAAUGUGGAGGAACUGGACACGUACAUUGACGUCAACAACCGCCUCGAUAACCACAAGGGCCACCUGAAGCCGCCAGAGAGCCGGGCACCGCCACGCAGCCCGCUAUCAAACGUGCAGGGACGCAGCACGCACGCUGACGAGCACUUUGGGUCGCCGAACGAAGCCAGCAAGACGCCAAGUCGCAAGCUUCCCUCCGCACCAGACACACCGCCCCCUCUCUUGCAGCUGCGCUCAGAAAAGGUCUCGGCACGCGCUCAAGCACGCCGGAGCUUCUCAAAGCAGAAGGUUGCUGAGUGGAGCAAAACACUCGCAAGCGGCCCGCCGUCGGAGAUGUGGAUGGAUGUGGAGAGCGUUGCAACGAUGGACGAGGUGGAUGAGCUCGGCAUGUACGACUUUGACAGCUUCCGUCUCUUCAAGCUCAACCCGGAAUGGGAGAUUGUGUUUUCGGGCAGUCUGGAGAAGGAUGCUGUUGAGAUGGUUGAGAUCAGCAACACAUGCGACAGCACCAUCAUCUAUCGUGUGCGCACGACAUCUUCCGACCGCUACCGCGUCAAGCCAAAGCUCACCGUCAUCCCAACAGGGGAGAGCAUCACGGUGACCAUCCACCGCAAGCCCGUGUCGGAGGAACAGCAGCAGCGACGGAAGGACGACAAGUUCAAGUUCAUUGCCUGCAAGGUCCCGGCCGAGGUUGCCCCAACACUCGCCACCAGAGACGCCAUGGAGAAGUUCUGGGGUACGGUUGAUGCGGGCAACUUUUACGAGCAGAUUCUGUCUGUGCGCAACGACACGUGGGGCCACAUGAACGACACCAGUCUCAGCGGCAGCAAAGGCCUCAACAUCAGCUCGACCGGCGCUGCUGCUGCUGGUGGUGGUAUGUCCACGUCCACGCCACGGCAGGGUGUGGCACCGCGCACAGCAGCAACACCAUCAUCGUCAGCGGUAGGAUCGCGCAUGGGCACGCCUGCACGCAGUCCAAACGCAAGCGCAGUGUCGUCAUCGUCAUUCCGGUCCAAGUCCAACCAGUCGUCGCCGCGACCAGCAGCACCAACGGCACCAGCACCGGCACCAGCAGUAGCACAACAACAGCAACAGAAACAGCGGCAGCAGGAGCCCGCAAUGAAUGCCAUUGAAGAAGCCGUUGAUGAGGAGACUGAUGAGCAGGCGAGCGCACCGGUCGAUACAGACGCAUCUACAGCACACAACGGUGCUGGAAACACGGGGGAGGACGAGGGCGCCGACGCCAGGGCCCGAGAAACUCAGGAGGAGGGGGCGGAGGAAGCAGACGAAGAAGAGGAAGAGGAGGAAGAAGAGGAAGAAGAGGAAGAAGAAGGGCUCGAUUUCGAAGAGGAGCUUGAUGGCGAUGAAGACCCGGUGCCCACACCGCUGCGCAAGGGCGUCAUUGCCCGGGAGACUGGCAGAUCCGUCUCGUUUGCCCCGCAGGACGAAGUUGCGUCCGAGGACACGUCACAAUCGCGUAUCGCUGACGAGCGCCGACGUCUUCAGGCGCAGAUUCGACUGCAGCAGUUGCGGGCAUCGCGUCCAGCCAACGUCUACAGCCUCUUCACCUCGGGCCACAUUAACCUCAGCCACUUUCUCGUCGCAGCCACCAUCGCCGUGGCGGUGUCGUACAUUGUGGCGGCGGCGUUCUUCGACUCUGACAUUAUCAUGAUGCCAAACUCAAGCAAGCGGUACCGUGGCCUGGACCUGGACAAAGUGUUUGACAUCAACGAGACCGAGACGGUGGACGGUAACGCCACACUGCUGGACCCGCUGUCCACCCCACUUACGUCCGAGACGCUCCACGAUGCAAGUGCAGGUAGUGCAUCCGACGGUGGUGUUGUUGGUGGUAGUGGUGGUCCCAGCACUGAGGGUGGGACGACAGGUGAAGAGGUACCAAUAACCACGGCAACGAACUCCGGUUCAAGUUCUUCACCACCAACUCCGCCGCCCGUAACCGCCUACACCGCAACAAUGGAUGCGCCCGAACCACCUAGCGACACGUUCUCCCCGCCGCCUGUUGUGCAGCAGCCACAAUAUCAGCAGCAACAUCAGCACGAGUAUCAGCGUGACACAGCGCUUCCACCACCACGCACACAAGCACCACCACAACAACAGCAGCAGCAGCAGCAGUCACGUGGAAUGCCAUCUACGCGGCCAGAUGACAGCCCUUCGCUCACGCAGAAUGCGCAGCACCAACGCGAGCAGCAGCAGCAGCAGCAGUCAGCGCGGGCGGGUGGCGCUGAUCGGCGAGGAGGAGGUGGUGGUGGUGGUCGGUGGAGCGAUGAUGGCACUGUGCUGCAUGCAGCCCCGACAGCACGUGUGGAUGCACAGCAGCGACGUGAUGUGCCGAGCCAGGCAACGACGACGACCACGACCAUUUCGUUUCCUGUGCACGGCCUUGAUCCCGCUGUGUGGGAGGUGGCCAAUUGGGCCAAUGGCUCUCCGUACGCGUGUCCAUUUGAAGGGACCAAAGUGUCCUCCGAGCCGCACCGCAACCUUGAGCUGAGCGUCGGUCCCUCUGCGCACACGCGCUAUGCGUGCGGCGCUGGGGAGGUGCGCACGCAGGAGUUUUUGGGGUACGGCUGCUACCGGUCUGUGCUUCGACCCGGUCGCACCCCUGGCGUUGUUGCGUCGUUCCAGGCGUUUAGCGGCGCGCUGGACAACGGCGGGAACGGCGAGCACAACGAGAUUAGUCUGCAGUUUCGUGGCGCAGACACGACGCGGCUGUAUCUCAUCAUCUGGACCAACGGGCAGUUGGCUGCGCAGCACGUGGUGAACCUUGGCUUUGACGCCACGUACGAGUUCCACACAUAUGGGUUCCUGUGGACGGAGGAUGGCGUGGAUUUUGUUGUUGACGGGCGGCUGGUUUGGCGGCGGCCGAGCGCAGCGCGUGUUGGCAGUCAGCAGGUGCACACGCCAUCUGCAGGGGACGCACAACUCAAGGCCAUCCUCAACACGUGGGCCGUGGAUGCCUCUGCAGAGAAGGUGGCUGGGCUGUAUGAGGGCGGGGUUUCGCUUAUGGAGGUGGCGGCUUUUUCCUACUCCACCAACCACGCCACGUGCGCCCGCAUGCUCUAAUAACGCAACAUGUUUUCUUGCUUUUUGUUGUGUGUGUGUGUGUGUGUGUGUGUGUGUGUGUGUGUGUUUGUUAUAUGGAGACGAUUGGGGUGAGUUGUGUCGCGUGCUUUCGACAACAUGCAUGCUUCUUUCACACCAUACCACAACUCUCGCUCGUUGUCUCUUUUAUUUGUUCAAUUUGAUUCAAGGAAACUACUCCUCAACAAACAAGAGAUGGCUG